GUCUGACUGCAGCAGAAGAUGUGAUGAUGGAGACGGUGGUGGAGGUGUCCACAGAGUGUGGACCCAUAGAGGAGGAGUCCUUUCCCAUCCCUCCUGAUUGUGAACCUGCAGCUAAGAAGAAGAGAGGAGGUGGACGUAAACCCAAGACACACCAGCCUGCUUCCAACGGCUCCUUCGAUCUGGGGAUCAAGAAGAGGCCGAGGGAGGGGAAGGGCAACACCACCUAUUUGUGGGAGUUCCUGCUGGAGCUGUUGCAGGAUAAAAACACCUGUCCCAGGUACAUUAAGUGGAUGCAGAGAGAAAAGGGCAUCUUCAAACUGGUGGACUCCAAGGCUGUGUCCAAACUGUGGGGCAAACACAAGAACAAGCCUGACAUGAACUACGAGACCAUGGGCCGAGCCCUGAGGUAUUACUACCAGCGCGGCAUCCUGGCCAAAGUGGAGGGUCAGCGGUUGGCCUACCAGUUCAAAGACAUGCCCAAAAACAUCCGCGUGAUCGAUGACGAUGAGGAGGGCGAGGAAGUGGAGGACAGCGAGGGCCUGGUGUCCAGCCAGCACCUGGUUCACCAGCAGGGGGCCCCAGGCCUCACCACCAACUCCCCCACUGCCACCCAGCCACAGCAGACCUACGUCACCGUCAUCCCCGGCAACGCCGCCACCAGGUCAAUCCGAGCCAUGCCAGUGGUCAUGACCAACUCUCUGGGUCAGGUGACGUUAAACUCCUCCCCCAUCCUCACCACCACGGCAGGCGUCCCAGUAACGGUAGCAAACACGCCUGGCAGCGCUCCCCCCAAACUGGUGAUCCAGGCUCUGCCCACUGUGCUGCCUGCCGGCUCCAAAGCAGGAGAGAAGAUCACCAUCAUCACCAUCCCAGCCAACCAGCUGGCCACGCUCAUGCAGGCCAACCCAUCAGGCCAGGUCACACAGCUCAUCCAGGCUAAACCUGUCGCUACACAGCUAGCACAGGCCGCCGUUAAACCGCCGUCUGCUGCCCCCACCGUGCAGCUAGCGGCAGGCCGGUCAGCACCGCAGCUCAUCCUGGCCAAACCAGCGGUGGUGGCCCAGCCGCUGCCUCAGCUCUCUGUCCAGGUGAGCCAGCCACAUCCUGCCCCUCCUAAAACCCCCACCCAGCCCCAGAAGCCCUCCAGCAGCCAGCCUGAUGCAGCACAAUCAGGGGCAGCAGCAGAUGCCCCGCCCCCUUCAAGUCCACCAGCAGCUUCAGCAGAAACCCCGUCGUCCUGAGAGCCCUGCCCUGGGCCGGGGCAUUAGCCCUGAAAGACAUGGGGGGCAUGAGGGGCAGGAAGUGACUGUGGACACUGCUGAGGAAGUGCAGGAAAUGGGCCAUGCCCCCCCCCCCCCCCCCAUGUCAGAGCAGAGCUGACUCCUGAUUGGCUCAGACUGUCAGCCUGAUGCUGUGUGCUCUGACUGUGGAGCUGCUGAAGGCCCACAGAGGAUCAGAGGGACUGCUGUCCACACACACACAUGCACACACACAGACACACUGAUCCCUCAGAAGGCUGCCUUAGAUUGUAAAUGAAAAAGUCCUUUUGUAAUCAAACCUAACAUAAAAAAGCCUGACAGGACUUUGUUGUAAACAGAAAUGUAAAAAGCAUUUUUUGAUACUCAGCGGGUAUGUACCAGUACAGAUGUAGUUUAAAUUCCUUUUUGUUUCAGUCUGCAGACUUCUGUUUCUCCACAGCGCUGUCACAUUCUCCAACUCUUCUCUUUUUUUACUGUUCCUAAAAAGGGAGUGAAAAGAAAUCUGCGUCCAGGUAAAACAACUACAUGGUGUGCUCCACAUUUGAAGUAUAAUAUGCUAUUUUUUCUUGUACUAUCAGUGUAUUGAAGUAGAUUUUACUGAAACGUGUAUUAUAAAAAAUGACAAAUGUGAA